ACACUGCCAAACGACACGCAGAACGGCUAAAGUGUGCUUAUAUAGGUAAUUUUCACUAGGAAGAGACAUUUGGAGAUCACAUCACAGCUCAAGGCCCGAAGAUGCCAUCCCAUCAAACUUUCAUCGUGCUGACCUAUAUUAUCGGGAUUCUGAGCAUUCUCGGUUCGCUCAAUGCCAUCAUUGCCGGCAUCUUCACAAGCCGAAAUCUUAAUAUAGAAUUUUGAAUUGCGGCCAUAAUAAACGGAAUGGGAGCCCUACUUUUUGCGGGAAUGCUGCUGUUUGGGUUGUAUAAGCGACGUGCGGAGUUGAUUCGAGUUUACAUUCUCUACAUGAAAAUUCACUUCGGCAUACUAGUGGUGCUUUGGACCAUUACUGGUAUAAUAGCGAUCGUUGCUUUAACAAUCUCAAAUGAGAACCAGGUUAUAAGUUUUUCUUCAAUAGUCUGGCUCGUGGUUAUCAUUGUAGUAGUUUUAGCGUUUAUCACAGCUAUCUUUUGGCUCUUUUUAUGGAUAUUAAAAGGUGCACUCAAAGCUGUCGAAAGUUUAAACGCAUUGAGGACGCCAGUAAGAAAUGAGACCGUUUGUAUGCAAAAUGGCCAAUUGCAAGGAAUCUCCCAACAUGCAGUUGUUUCUGUUGAACAUGCCGUUCCGAAUAACGACAGACAACCUCAGCAUGCCAUGACUUAAAAUAAGAUAGUAUUUAAAAACGAAUUUUCUGGUAAUAAAAACACAGUUGUUUUAACCGUCAAA